UGUAGACGUGUAUGGUAAAACGUCAUUCGAUCACCCAACAAAUGUGUAGUACAUUAUUCGAAUGGGAAUUGUUAUUUAUUUAAUUGUUAUUUUGUGUUGCAUAGACCAGAGAUCAGUGAAAUAAUAAUGGAGAAGACAAAGUCAUUUAAAAAUCCAAAACCAACCAUAAAAUUAAGCGAUUUAGAUUUUACACCAGUAUAUAUUGCACUUUUUGUGGUUCUCAUUUCAAUUGUACUGUUCUUCUUGUGGAAAAAGAAAUCUCAGAAACGGACCGAUCUUCUGUUGACCGGACUCUGUGAAUCCGGUAAAACAUUAUUGUUUUCACAGCUAUUGCACAAUGUGGUUUGUGAAACGUUCACAUCAAUUGCUGAAAAUGUUGGUGAUUAUUUAGCUGAAGGUAGUGGCAAAGUGCUUCGUGUUAUUGACAUUCCAGGCCAUGAACGAUUGCGUGGUCGGUUCUUUGAUCAAUACAAGAAUACCGCAAAAGGAAUCGUUUUUGUUGUCGAUAGCACAACAGUUCAAAAGGAUAUUCGUGAUGUGGCCGAUUAUCUCUACACAAUUUUAGCUGAUCCAAGUGUUGCUUCAGUGCCCAUAUUAAUUGCAUGUAAUAAGCAAGAUGAAACCUUUUCCAAGGGCAGUUCCGUGAUAAAACCGCUACUUGAAAAGGAAUUGAAUUUGGUUCGAAACACACGUCAAAACCAACUCAAAUCUGUGGAUAAUUCAACAUCGGAGGCUGUCUUCCUGGGAAAACAAGGAAAAGACUUUGAAUUUGGCCAUCUUUCACAGUCCGUCGAUGUCAUUGAAUGUUCUGGAAAAGAUAAUGAAGUCGACAGCAUCGAAGAUUGGCUGAAGCAAUUUAAUUAGAAACAAAACGAAACACGUACACACAUAACAUACACAUACAAAUACAUAAAUAAAACCAUUAGAUCCCAUUUGAGUUUUUCUAUACUAUUUAUUAAUGUCCGUUGUUCUCUAAUGACCGACUAAUGUCAAACAAUUUAAAUAAUAAAUGGGCUUAUACUUUUCUUAUAA